AUGCUAACACUUUCGCGGCAUAACAUUGGAGUGCGUAAAUACGGCAAACACUUCCAGGCGAUCGCAGACGUGAUCGGGAACAAGACGGUGGGGCAGGUCAAGAACUUCUUUGUGAACUACCGGCGGCGCUUCAACCUGGAGGAGGUGCUGCAGGAGUGGGAGGCAGAGCAGGGGACCCGAGCCCCCAACGGAGACAGCGCCCCCGGUGGAGAGGAGGGCAAGAGCAGCACGCCAGCCUCAGGGAAGAGCACGGACGAGGAGGACGAGGAGGUCUCGUCAGGGGCCUCUCCAGCCGCCUCCUCUUCAUCCCUCCCCCCCUCCUCCUCCUCCUCCUCCUCCCUGCACCAGCCCCCCCCUCUCCUGCGCCCCUCCCUCCCCUCGGCCCCCGCGCUGCACCGCCACCCGCCGCCGCUGCAGCAGCAGGCGCGCUUCCUGCAGCCGCGCGCCGCUCUGCACCAGCCGCCGCCGCUGAUCCGACCCACGGGGACCGCCCCUCAGCCGCCGCGACUGAACCCCAGACCCCAGCAGACCUCCUCCUCCACCUCCUCCACCUCCACCUCCUCCACCUCUGCUGCUGCAUCAGGGAGCGCGCAGACGGAGACGACGCACUGA